AUGUUAAAGAAAAAAAAAAAAGACACUAAUUUGAACGAAAAAUUAAAAAGUCCAAGGAAUGGUAUGAACUGCAAAAAUUCAGAAAAUAUUCCUAAAGUGGAAGCGAUGGAUAAAGAAGAUGAUUUUAAAUACUUAGAAGAAAAGGAACAUGAAAUCGAAAAAAUAUCUCGUAAAAUAUAUGAAGAAAAUAGUAAAAUAAAAAAAAUUAAUCUACAUCAUAAGAUAAUUAAGCAGGAAUUUGAAAAAAAAAAAUUAAUUGAUCAAUCUGAAAAAAAAAAACAGAACACUCCUGAUUAUUACAAAAAAAUCACAACCAAGUUGCAGAACAAUAUAAAUAAUGUUGAAGAAUAUAUUAACAAUAUCACAAAUGAUAUAAACAUUUUGAAAAGUUGUAUAGAUGAUGAAAGAAAUGAGAGAAUCAUAUACAACAAUAAUAUGAAAAUUCUGGUUAAUGAAUAUAAUACUUUAAAAAAAAGCAUCAGUAGCUUAAUAGAUCAAGAAAAGGAACAGAAUGCACAAAAUGAAAAACUUAAACUCGAGUUAAGCGAACUCAAUAAAGAAAAAGACACUUUGGAAAAAAAACACAGAGAAGACUUCAAAACUUUACAACAAAAAUUAAAGGAGCAAAAAAUAUUAUCUUCUGAGCAAAAAAUACACGAAUUAAUCAAGCUAAAGUAUAACUGCAAGGAAAGGAAAAAUAAUAAAACGAUGGAAGAGUGUGAAGAAGAAUUCGGGAGAAAGAAUGAAAAAAACGCUGUUGCUACAAAUAAUGUUAACAAUAAACAUUCAAAUGAAAGAAUAUCCACAGAUGAUAACUACCCCAUAGUAGAAGACUACGAAGAUGAAAAGAAAAAAAAAUUAAACUCAAAAAUAUUUGUCCUAAAAAAACUGUGCUUACGUAUUUUAUUCAUUAAUGAAUAUCAAAAGCAAAAUAUUAAGAAGCUAGAAGAAAAUAUUGAAAAUAUGAACAAUGCUAUUAAUUCUAUAAAUAUAUUAACAUCGAAAAAGGGAGAUUUUGAUCACAUAAUAAUAAAUUUAAAUGCUUCGAAAGAAAAGAAUUACAGUCUUAUUUCCAGAAUUAAUUUAUUAAAUUAUGAAACAAACAUUUUAACAAAAUUAAACAAAAAAAUGAAAGAGAAAUUUAAAAAUAUAAAUACCCAAAAUGAUGAAAUUGUUAAUUUAAAAAAAGAAAUCACAAACAAAAUGAAUGACAAAAUGAAUCACAUUAAGACAUCCCUACUGAAUAAUCAAGAAACAUGCAAAUUAAAAAAAAAAUGUUUCAAUGAUUGUGUAAUGUAUUUAAAAUGCUUAUACGAAUUUAUUAAAAAAUUUGAAAAUAAUAACAAAUUAAAUUUAAGGACUCAAAUUAUAAAUAAAGAAAAAAAUUUUCAUUUUAAUUAUAUUCAUAAAUACAAUGAACAGAUACUAGUAGAUGAAAAUCAUUUAAACGACUUUUUAAUUUUUAUUGAAAAAUAUAUUUAUGCUCUUAACUUUUAUCUUCCUUCACCCACAUUUAAUUAUAAAAAUUUUAUUAUUGAAAAUCCAAAUUUUACUACACUUAUCUCAAGUUCAUCCACGCUUUCAACAGAUGUCUCGAACGAAAAUAUCCAAUUUAUCUCUUCAAAUUGUCUCACGCCCAAGAAUGAACUUCCUAUAUCUGAAGUAGUAUCCCCUCCAGACAACGGGGCUUCUUUACAUGACAACGAACCUGUAAAUGACAGCCAACCUGUAAAUGACAACGAACUUGUAAAUGAUAGCGAACCGGUAAAUGACAACAAACCAGUAAAUUAUAGUAAUAAUGACGGUGAUCUAUGUGUGACACCACCCAAAGAUGAAGCACUCAUGGAAGGAGAUGGAACGCAAAAAGAGUACACAGUAGAGCAUGAUAAAAUUUCAGGAAUCAACGAAAUGGAAGUAGUACCAAAUGAUACACACGAAAAGAAAGAACAAGAUGAACUCAAAAAGGCUGAUGAUGAAUUAGGGGAUAACAAAAUUCGUGAACACACUUUGACGAAUAGAGAAGUGGGUGCGGUCCUUUCAGAAGUAGAAAAUGAAAAUUUUACAUUACAGGUUGAUAACCAAAAGUGUAACAAUUUAUCACACGAAAAGGAAGAGGAAAAUAUAUUGGAUGAAGUAGAAACAAAGGGACCUGAAUUAACAAAUGAAGCACAACGAAAUGAUAAUUUGGUACAUGAAAAAGGACAGGGUGGUAAUGACAUACCAAAUGGGUUAAACGAAGGUGAUAUCUUAGAGAAUAAAAUGAGAGCGGGAAGUCUACAUAACGAAAAAGGGGAGGACGCCAGUGACCCAAAUGGUGAGCACAGCAAUGUGCCAAAUGAGGAACAAAUAAAUAUGCCAAAUGAUGAACAAUUAGAUAUGCCAAAUGAUGAACAAUUAGAUAUGCCAAAUGAUGAACAAUUAGAUGUACCAAAUGAUGAACAAUUAGAUAUGCCAAAUGAUGAACAAUUAGAUAUGCCAAAUGAUGAACAAGUAGAUGUACCAAAUGAUGAACAAGUAGAUGUGCCAAAUGAUGAACAAGUAGAUGUGCCAAAUGAUGAACAAAUAGAUGUGCCAAAUGAUGAACAAGUAGAUGUGCCAAAUGAUGAACAAAUAGAUGUGCCAAAUGAUGAACAAGUAGAUGCGCCAAAUGAUGAACAAGUGGAUGCACCAAAUGAUGAACAAGUAGAUACAUCGAAUGUUGAACAAGUAGAUACAUCGAAUGUUGAACAAGUAGAUACAUCGAAUGUUGAACAAAUAACCACAUCAACUGCUGGUCUUGUCGAGGAAACCCCCCUGGAUGAACAAGAGAACGGAAACGAACUAGACACAGAAAAUGAAAAUUACAAUUUAAAUCAUUUCAAUUCACGCAGUAUUGAACAUGAUAAGCUACAAGAAGAAAUUCCAAAUGAACUCUUAACGAAAAAAUAUGAUUCCUCUAAAAAAUUUUCAACAGUUAAUAAUUAA